GCAGUAUGUUGUGCCGGGCGGCGUGCAGCACCAGCAGGAAGCUGGUACCGGCGUUGGGAGCUCUGGGCUCCAGGCAGAAGCACAGCCUGCCUGACUUGCCUUAUGAUUACGGCGCCCUGGAGCCUCACAUCAACGCCCAGAUCAUGCAGCUGCACCACAGCAAACACCACGCCGCGUAUGUCAACAACUUAAACGUCACCGAGGAGAAGUAUAAAGAGGCCCUGGCAAAGGGUGAUGUGACAACACAGGUCGCGCUCCAGCCUGCACUGAAGUUCAAUGGUGGCGGUCACAUCAAUCACACCAUUUUCUGGACCAACCUGAGCCCGAAUGGUGGUGGAGAGCCCACAGGGGAGCUGCUGGAGGCCAUCAAAUGUGACUUUGGUUCCUUUGACAAGUUUAAGGAGAAGUUGACUGCUAUGUCUGUUGGUGUUCAAGGCUCAGGCUGGGGUUGGCUUGGUUACAAUAAGGAAUGGGGACACUUACAGCUUGCUGCUUGUUCUAAUCAGGACCCACUGCAAGGAACAACAGGUCUCAUUCCACUGCUGGGGAUUGACGUGUGGGAGCAUGCCUACUACCUUCAGUACAAAAAUGUCCGACCUGACUAUCUCAAAGCUAUUUGGAAUGUAAUCAACUGGGAGAAUGUAACUGAAAGAUACAUGGCUUGCAAAAAAUAAAAGAUUAUCCUUACACCAAAUAGGUUUAGCUCUUUGUGACUAUUUUUGUAGUAGUAUAGAGUAUUCCAGUGUAUCAAUAAGCUGCUUUAUUGUAGCAUUUCUUAAAUGUUCCUUAUUCAAGUAUUUGAUAAACAGAAAUUAAUGCUAUAAAGAUUUUAUUGUUUUAAAAUUUUGUUAAGGCAACUGUGGAAAUACUGAAUGCUUUGUGCAAUU